AUGGGCAUCACCCAGUUAAUCGCCGAGGGCCUGCCCGAACAGAAAGGCUGCGGAAGCAUCCUGGCUUUUAUUAGUGAGCAGCCUGACCAGAUGGGCCGACCCGCCUCUUUGAUUCUCUUCCAGCACAGGGUGAAGUUAGCCCUCCAAGGCGGCCAGGUCUUCAGCCAAGGCCGGACCUCUUCUAAGAGAGGAACCUGGAGAAAGGCGCUGGAUUCCCUGCGCUGCUCUCGCCUUUCAGUUCAGCCAGGGAGGCACGGGGCCUCCCGGAACUGCACGCGCUGCCGCCUCUGGGUCGGGGAGGUAAAUGGCGAUUUCACCCGCAAGGCGCAGUUACGCUUUGGGUUUAGCGUCGUCAGGCCCUGGCCGGUGUGGCACGCUGGUCGGAGCGCCGGCCUGCGCCACCAGAGGUUCGCGGGUGUAAGUCCGGGCUCAAGGGACAAGAAGGGGCUUUCUGGGAAACAGAAUAAUUUCGAGCGCAAAGCCGUGUAUCAGAGGCAAGUGAGGGCACCCAGUCUGCUGGCCAAAAGUAUUUUAGAAGGCUACCGCCCCAUACCAGCAGAGACUUAUGUGGGAGGGAGCUUACCUCUACCUCCCCCAGUAAGUGACCGGAUGAGGAAAAGGCGGGCCUUUGCUGAUAAAGAGUUGGAGAACAUUAUGCUGGAGAGAGAAUAUAAAGAGAGGGAGAUGUUGGAAGCUUCCCAAGCUGCUGCCUUGUUCCUGCCCAACCGCAUGGUGCAUGGACCUGAAUACAACUACAAAAGUGCCUACAGCCCUACCCCGGUGGAACCACCAAGCAAAGACUUCUGUAAUUUUUUGCCCACCUGUCUUGAUCUAACCAUGCAGUAUUCAGGGUCUGGGAAUAUGGAACUAAUUUCUUCAAAUGUCAGUGUGGCCACGACUUACAGACAGUAUCCUUUGUCCUCAAGAUUUUUAGUUUGGCCCAAGUGUGGCCCCAUUAGUGACACUCUCCUCUACCAGCAAUGCCUGCUAAACACCACCACCUCAGUUCAAGCCCUGAAAUCUGGGGCCAGCUGGGACUUGAAGGGAGUACAAGUCCAGGAUGGACUCAGUGCUGAACACGACGUGAUGCCACCCAAAUUGGAAGGCUCUCUGGUGCUGCCUCACACUCCCGAGGUCCAGACCUCAAGAAGUGACCUUCAGGGUCACCAGGCUGUCCCUGAGAGGUCUGCGUUCUCCCCACCCCAACGGAAUUUCUCUCCAGUUGUUGACACGGACUCCCUGGCAGCUCAAGGGCACAUCUUAACCAAGAUCAGCAAAGAAAGCACCAGGCACCCUCUGCCACUUAAACAUAAUCCAUUCCACUCAUUAUUCCAGCAAACUCUUAAUGACAAAUCGGGUCCUGAGUUGAAAACACCAUUUGUCAAAGAGGCCUUUGAAGAGGCCCCUAAGAAACACAGAGAGUGUUUAGUCAAGGAGAACCAGAAGUACACAUUUACAAUAGAUAGAUGCGCAAAAGACCUUUUUGUAGCCAAACAAGUUGGAACAAAACUCUCUGUGAAUGAACCGCUGUCAUUUUCUGUUGAGUCUAUUCUCAAGAGGCCUUCAUCUGCCAUCACUCACAUCUCUCAGUGAAAGCCUGCUGAAAUGGAAAGCUGGAUUUUCUGCAGUCUCAGAGGGUUCUUACCAGUUGCUAAUUUUUUUUUAAAGAAAAAAGUUGAGAUGUUUGUAUAAAGAAAUUUCUAAUGUAAAUGAUGGCGAUUAAAAGAUUUAUAUUCGUAUGCAUGUACUUCUCACCACAUAUUUAAACUUAAAGUUGGAAAUUGCUUAUGUGCAAAUUGUAAAGUUUCACACUUUACACAUUAUUUCAAAAGCAAUAAAAUUGACACUGCCUUAUAAAAGACCC